GGUUGAAUGUGAAAAGACCGGCGCAAGAUGACCCGACUUGAGACCAUUAGAUCCCGACGGCCAGACAGGUAGAACGCCGACAGAAAGCCAAAAAGCCAUUGCACUCUGAAUAUGGUCUAGGCUAUUACAGGUUUUAAAGGGCUUUGGUCAGGUGGUCGCGGCUCCUAAAGCGUCAUUUACCAGCCGAACAAUAUGCGGGUGAAAGUGAUCUUUGCGGUUGUAUUGACCACAAUACUUCCAGCGACUCUCUGUUUUCCUUCAGAGUCCUACAAACAACCAAAUGCAUCAUCGGACACUCCAACGCUGAACUAUCCGACGCUAAGGCACCAGUCCAGCUACAGAAGCGAUGAGCUGACCAAUCAGCAAGCGAAAUCCGAAGAACCCAAGUCAGUUAAAAAGGAGAAAUCCAUCGUAACUAUUGAGGAGGAACGGUUUCCCUCCUUGGACGAGCUGAGAGAAAAGUGCCAGCAUUUUUCCAGGCUCUUUGGACUGAACCAAUAUGGAAGCGGUUCGAUCGAAGGCGAAGAAAACGGCGACUAUUCAAACAGGCGUACCAGCAGCACUAUGAGUACGGACUAUUAUAAUCGGCCAGUGAUUGAAGUCACCCGCAGACCAGUUUUUAUCAGGAAUAAAGCGACUUUUAUCGAGAAGGGCAGCGGAGGCUUUUAUGUAACUGCUUCAUCUAUUGGAAAUCCAUCAACAACCACCAGAAAGCCGGUUUGGAGCACCGCGUACUCAAAAAUCCUGCCUCCUUCCACACUCCAUACAACCACAACGCCUAAACCAACAACUACAGCCAGUACUGAGACUGUCCCAGAAUCCACAACGCUUAAAUCAAAAAUCAAAGUCAAGUACACGAAAUUUGAGCCCGUUAUUCUGCAGAAAACCAUCCUCACCGAUGGGCGAGUUAUGUAUCAUUGGCAUAAAAGCCUGCCCACCGCCAGUGUGGACUUGGCAGAGCCGUUGGCAGUACCGCCCGCUUAUGAGUAUCCUCCCAGGCUGCCACUGGGCCAGAGAAACUUGGGGAGCAAUGAAGGGGUUCCGAUCGAAGUCACUACCAAGCCCACAACAACCACGGAAAAAUCCAGCUGGUUGUUUGUGCCAUUUAGUAACUUCUUUGGCGGCUCGCACGAAGAGGAAAGCACGACGGAUGCAGUAUCAACAACCACAACCAGUACGACUACAAGCAAACCUCCAGAAGACCCCCUAAGCACACCGAAACCAAUUUUACGCCAGCUACCCACUGAGCCGCCUGCCAAAGCAGCAGAAUUAAAACUAGUGGUCCCCAUCCACUACGACAACAUAGAUUCGACUCUGGGAAGCCAAAGCGAGAGAUUUGGGUUCUACCGACCGCCAGCGGGUGCUACCAAUGAACCCGUUUCAUCUUCAUCACUGCAUGUAAUCAAAACGGUGGGCAUGCCUCAACAUAUACCCAGAUACAGUUUAGGGUAUACGGGGUCGGGCUACGGAUUGACUUAUGGAGGUUUGUAUUCGCCGGAGUUUUUAAACUAUCAGGGAUAUGAAAAAUUGCCCUUGAAUAACGGAAACGAUAAACUGGCCGAGGUUUCGGUGUAGGAGUAUCUGAAACGCUGGCGAUGAAAUGUGAGUACAACAUUUAAAUCCCUCCGCAAAAUGCCGUUUUACCUUAUUAAUUAAGACUGAAUAUUAUAGAGAUUUUAUGCAGGGUGAGGCAGUAGUUGCAGCAACUCGGGGAUUUUAUAGAGUAGAGUAUUUUACUUGCGGAAAUGCUUCGAGAAUUUUUAGAACAGACUGAUCCACCCUGUACUAUCAUUUAUUUCAACCGUAGAUACUUUAUCUACCUGCCAUUUGGGCAAUUUUUAUCGUUCUAAUGAUUAUAUUUAAUUCUUUAAGAGUGACUGCAUUAAAUUAAGUGAAUAUUUGGGGAAACAAUUUAUUAGUCAACCCAUAGAAUUGAUUGUGUAAUUUCAAUAGACUUAAAAAUCUGUUUUUUGCCGCCUUAGGCGCUUGGUUUCAGUAUUAUUGAAGGAACGUUAACAAACCAUUUGUUGUCAUACUUCGAAAAUACAAAUUAGGCUGGAUUCGUGCAAUUAUAUGCUGUAUAUUUCGUCGAUAUGUACGAUUUUAUUUAACUUGUGUAUUAUGUGAACAAUAAAUAUUUUAUCACCACUUACCAA